AACCUCUUAAUGACCAUUUACAAAAGAAAAUUAAUGUGAGGAGACAACAUAUUGCAAACAAACCACAUUUUAGGCCUACACCAUGGUAGUGCAGCAUAAAAACAUGUCAACAGACUUUAACUCUCUUUCUCUUGUAUUUUGCUGUCAUUGUUUUUGUAGUACAGCCAAAUCAAACAACUGUUUCUUUUAUCAUGACUGUUAGACCCUUGCUCUGUCACUAGAGAGGCAUUACAAUUGUAGUCAUAAAAACUACGGAGAGAAAAACUGCUGUAUAAUUUUGCUAUUGCUAUUGACAUCUCCAUGUCUGUCAUGGCUGGAAAAGUUAUAAUAAUUUGCCUGCUGUGGGCAUGUGUGAGUGUGUGUGAAUGUGAGUCGGCAAUGUUUGGAGAGGUGUCUUCUCCACAGUAUCCUCAACCAUAUCCAGCGAAUUUUGAAGAACAAUGGGACUUGGAAGUGCCUCAAGGCUACCAGAUCCAGCUAACAUUCAAUCACUUGGACAUUGAGCCCUCUCCAAACUGUUACUACGAUUCUGUCUCGGUUGUGUCUGAUGAGAUGGUUCUGGGGAAGUUCUGUGGUCAGAAUUCCACCUACAGGUUUCACCCAGGUGAAAAGCCCAUUUUGGCUCCUGGUAACCGUCUCCAGCUGGUUUUUCUAACGGACGACUCAAAUCAUGAGUCACACUUGGGAUUCACUGCAUUUUACCAGGCUGUUGACAUAGAUGAGUGUUCCUCUAUCAGUGUGGAAAAAGGUCCACCAUGUUCACAGAUAUGCCUCAACACGCUUGGCUCCUACAUCUGUGCGUGUCACCAUGGUUACAUGCUAAGUUCUGACCAUCGCACCUGUGCCUUGGACUGUGGAGGUGGGGUGCACAGUGAACUAGAGGGGACUAUCUCCAGCCCUGGUUACCCAGACAUGUCCCCGCAUGAUCUGGACUGUGUCUACAGCAUCUCUGUGGAGCCAGGCUUCAUUAUCACUCUCAACUUUAGCCAGACCUUCCACAUAGAGCAGUUCUACAAUCAAGGAAAAACCUGCCUCUUCCACUGGCUGCAAGUGUCUGUCCUAGGAAAAGAUUCCCAGAAGUACUGCGGAAGAAAAAGCCCUGGCGUCCUCGACACGGGCACUCACUCCGUCCAGCUGGAGUAUCACACCGACAGAUACGGGCAGAGCCAGGGGUGGAGCUUACAUUACACCACACAGAGGGUGGAGUGUCCACAUCCGGGCAGUAUCAGAAAUGGAGUAGUCACACCACAUUUUACCCAGUACUUGUACAGAGACUACAUUCAUGUGCGCUGUAACCCAGGAUACAAGAUCAUGAUGGGAGAGAAAGAGAUUGCAAGUUUUAAGUCCGUGUGUCAGAGUAAUGGACAAUGGCAUUUGACACUGCCAGAGUGCAAGAUUAUUGACUGUGGAGAUCCAAAGCCGCUGCUAAAUGGAGCCAUUCAGUUUAUCAGUGGAGAAAACAAUGAAUAUCUCUCUGUCAUAGAGUACAAUUGCAAUGAGCCUUACUACAGCUUUAAGGAUACUCCUAAAGUAAGAUACAGGUGUGCAGAAGACCGGAAAUGGACAGGAGACAACAACAAUGAUGUUAUUCCUCCUUGUUAUCUUGUGUGUGGAAUGAAUACAGAGGUCUCUUUUGGUGGCAGAGUCUUUGGUGGGAAUCCAGCCAGACCUGGGCAGAUUCCCUGGCAGCUCUUACAUAGAUCAUCUCCCAGAGGUAGUGCAUCUCUGAUCAGUGAUUACUGGGCUCUAACAGCUGCUCAUUUAGUAGAUGGAUAUGAAAAAACUACCAUGAAUUGGUUAGGGGGAAUAAUUGAUGGUCAAGACAAAAACCCAGUCACUAUGGAGGCUGAGAAGAUCAUAAUUCACCCAAAAUAUCGGAGGGUUGGUCAAGGUGGUUCUCCAACUAACUUUGAUAAUGACAUUGCACUGAUCAAAAUGUCUGCUAGGGUGCCACUCAGUCCAAACAUCAGGCCAGUGUGUCUGCCAAACAAAACACAUGAACCUGUAAUGGAGGGCACAAUGGGUACAAUAUCAGGUUUUGGAAGGUUUGACCGGGGCUUAAGUAAAAUUUUACGUUAUGGGCAUGUUCAGGAAUAUCCUGUUGAUAAGUGUGCUUCAUUGAAUCUGCCUGUCACUGAAAACAUGUUCUGUGCUGGAGAUGAUGUUAAAAGUGUUGAUAGUUGCGCAGGUGAUGCUGGAGGUCCUCUGUUCUUUCCCAUGUUGGGCUAUGGAUCUAAAGAGCAGCCUUAUGAGUUGAGGGGGAUUGUGUCAUGGGGUCCUCCUGGAUGUGGUAAAGAAUACUCAAAAAGUUUCUACACAAAUGUGCAGAACUACCUGGACUGGAUCAGAGAAACUAUGGCAAACAAUUGACAUGACAUGAGCUCUCUGUCAGUCAUUAUUUAGUAUAGUUAUCCAUUAUUGUGAAAUAAAACUAAAACAAUAAAAAUUUUAAUUAAAAUAAUCAUUAACUGAAAUAAAAUCAAAUAUAUAUAUAUUUUUUGUUUAACUUGAUGUACUAACUAAAAUAACUAAAACAAAUAAAAAUGAGCAAAACCUAUAGAAUUUUUUUUUUUUUAAACUAAUAAAAAUGAUAAAAACACGACCAAAUUGCUAAAACUUUAAAAAUGAAAAUAAAAAUAAAAAUUCCAAUUAUGAAUUAAAAAAUAAUAGUUUUAUACACAGAUGGGUGACAAAUUAAUGUAAUGUGUGUAUAUAGUGUCUUCUGAAUUCUGAAAUAAUCUUGUGUGUUUAGAAUAUUAAUAAAUACAAAAUAAUUAUCUAUUUGUCAUGUCCUUCCUGAGGAGUUAGUGUACAGCAGCAGAUGUCCACAGUCAGGAUAGUUGAGAGCUAGAGUUCUCCCAGGUGACAGAUGAGGCUUCAGAAAAUGCUUAAAGAAGCAGGGCCUCUUUCUUUUUCUUCUGUCUAUAAAGUCUUUAUCUUUUGAAUUUAUAAAUAUCUAACAGAAAUAUUUUGGAAAAUGUCUUUGUGUUUUUUGUCCAUACAGUGAAAAUAAAUGGGUUCCGAAAUAAAUGAUGACAGAAUUUUCAUGCAUGGGCAAUCAAAUUCUUUCAGAUAGCAAACAUUUAUACAGUAUCAGCUCAUUUAAACAAUAAAUAAAUAUAGAAAUUAUUAAUUUCUGCUACUAUUACAGUUGGGAGUCUGUCUAUAAAUUAUUUUUGUUGUCCUGCAAACAGCCCUACCAGUGUUGCUAAAGCUUGAUAAAAAUGAGCUUAAAAACAUAAGACAUUACUUGACUUCAAUUAAAAGUUUCUUUGUAUUUCUAUUUGUUAGCUAAUCAUUUAGUCUUUGCUCUUAGCUAAGAUAAGGUACAAUGAAAAGCACGCACACUAUCUACUAAUCUGCCAUGAUCCUUAUAGACAGAUGCUCGCAGUUGCAUGUUGUACAAUUGUGUUAGCUGGUUAAAUGUUAGCUGGUAGAUACCAACUAUGUUACAAAACACAUCCAUGUUUGUAGUGUUCUUCUUAAAUGCAUUGUACAUGAUACCACUAGCCUUUCCUCUGAUCACUCAGUAUAUGGUAAAUCUGCCUGGUUCAAAUGUAUUAAAAAAUAAACCUACACUACAUUUUGCUUA